AGACAAGGUGGCUACAGUUAUUGAGACUGGUAGAAAAACAAUGUCAAGAACAAAUAGUUGCCCAGCAAGAGCAGUUCCACCAUCAAAUCCAACAAAGGCUACCUCUGGAAGAGUUGAGUUUGUGGUAUCAGCAGAGACUUACUAACUGCAUGAAGUGCCACACUAAAUAUAAAAUCAACGGCUACAACUUACUUUCAAUUGUACGACUGCAUUAGAUAAAACAGAUGGAGCUAUUCCAAACUUAAACUAGUAUACCAGUAACCUAGUGAAAAUACUGAAAUACAGGCAAUUCAAUACAUUCUGAUAAGAAUAAUAAAAAGACCAAAAGAAUAAUCUACUAUUUGGGGUAGUAAGGCGAGAUGCUGCAUUAGCAUUGAUAUGACUCUGAGAUGAGGCUUGUGCUAUGCUGUGUUUAAAGACCAACUGUGCUUAUAGAAUACAUCUUCAUCCAUGUGAAAAUAUGGAUCAAGAGACCUUGAGUUAAUUUUGGAAUCAGUGGGGUCAGUCCUUGGCUUAUAUGAUUUAUACGCUAGAGGACAAGUGUGCUAAUGACAAACUCACCACUAAGGAUCAUCCUAAGAUCAGACUUUACUGAAGAAGAUUUAAAAAAAAAAAAAAAGUAAGUUACCUCCAAUCCCAAAACUAUAGAAAUCUUAUCUUAUUUUUCCCAGUUCUUUUCUUCUCUUGGAAUUAUUUAACUGUGCAAAGAGAAGUAAAAGAGCUAUUUAAAUUGGAAUAGUAGCCUUUCACUUUUCCCGCACAAGGUAUUAAUGACAAAGAUUAAGUGUCAGCAGAGGAUCUGAUAAGUUUGGAGGUUUUUCCCUCUACAAUUUUGUUUCUUCCCUUUUGUUCUCCUUUCCCUACUUGCCUCACAGAGGUGAAUCACAGAAUUAAAAUGCAAAUGAUUGCUGCAGUCAUGAUUGAAAUCAUUAGCACAACAAAAAAACUGUUAUGGCAGAAAAUUUCCCCCCCUGUUGGGUUGGUUUGGGUUUUUUUGCAUAGAAAGGCUGAGCUGAAAUUCAAUUGUUAAUUCUAUUGCAAGUUAGUAAAAGAUAUGAGGCUUGGUUCUGAGUAGCAUUACAUGUAGGUUCCUCUGACAUUAAGUCUUAUUUUUUAUUUCUUACUUUCAGAGAACAAAUUAUUUUUGUUUUAUUUGUGCUUUCCACUUGCUAUUCACAUGUAAGUAAUGUACUGUAGUUCUGUGAAAAAAAUACCAGUGGAGUUCCAUGUUCUUAAAAUUAUUGUAAGUUCUUUUUUUCUAUUUUUUUUUCUAUUUUUUUUUUCUGAAGGAGUUUGCAAUGUAUUCUUGAAAACAUCUACAUACUCUGGUCUUGUAACGUGUAGUAAGAAUUGUGUGCUCCUGCAGAGUUCAGUAAUCUCAGUAUAACUCUGCAGAAGUGCCAAUGGCCAUGCCCUUCAGCCAGUGAUGGGCGCUGGCAUGAAGCUUUUUCAUAGCAUUAGUUGUUUCUCAGAGCUGUUUCAGUAUAGCAGUGCACAACUGUAAAACUUAAAAUAUUACUUAUCUGAUAUACUGAAAUAACUCUUUGCAGAUAUUGUAGACUAAAGAGUAACCUGUUAAAUCUAGUGAUCUAGUUAUAGGUUUGCUCCACUCCAUCAGAUACCAAAACAAUCAAAAUGUAGAUUUUUGUAUUAUAUGAGCCACCUAACAACAUAUUAUCUAAAGCAGAUAUUUUAAAAUCAAGUUUUAUGCAAAUAAUCUUACAGAGGUACAUUAUUCCUAUUAGCAUAAUAGAGUAAUGGUUUCUAAUUCCAUUAAAGCAUCCUUGCAAUCUUUAAAAAUGUAUAUCUAAGUUAUAAAUUCUUUUAGACCUAAAUUUAGCAAAAGACUUUUGUCCACUUCUAAUGACAUACCUAGAUAGUUUAUAUCUCUGUAGGUGGCUGGUAGGUAACUAUAUUUCUGAAGGCAUGUAGUGAAUACAUGCAUGCAUGUUUUUUUACAUUAAUAAAUGACUACUGAGACCUGAAAUUCACUGCAUGGAAUUAAGGAUUGUUACCAUGCACAUUUUACUCUUCUGCAUAGUAUGCAUAUAUCUACUUUAUGCAUGAGAUGUCUACACGUUGAAAAAUUUGAGUUGAGAUAAGUACUCUAAGUCUCUCACUAAUAAUGUGAAUUGAAGAUGCAUCAAAAUAUAAAUGUGAUUUGUAGCACAUUCUCAUAGGAAUUUUGCCUUUCAUUUUUCUAUAGCUGAUUCAGGAUGAGAUAAGGCAGUUAGUGAAAUUGCAAACCAGCAAGAGCAGAAGUUUGCCUGCCAAGCUUACAGACGCUUUUUCAUCACUAGAAAGUCAAAUGGGGAUGCGUUCUGAAAUCUUUGAAGAAAAUGAGUGUAUUGUCAAUCAGCUUAGAUCUAGUGAAGCAGAAAGUCAGCCAAAUGCAUCUGAUCUGCAUCAGGAGUGGUUUGCAAAUGAUGCUUCAAUGAAUAGUGGGUAUGGUACGCUUUCUGCCUCCGAACUGAACCCUUGCAACUCUAACGACGUUAACAAGUGCACAGACUUCAUGGAGAAAACUUCACAAGGACAGAGUGAUGGAGCAGUAUUGCAGGGUGACACAGUUGGAGCCAGUGUUCAAAAUAAGAGAGAACUUUCCCCCAAAAAAGUAGAGGAAAAAUGUUCAUCAGGAAGAAAUGAUAUUUUAGUUUUUCCUACUGAAUUUGAACAUAAAGUUGAUGAAGGUCAAUGUGGAAAAAAACCCAGUAAAUCUUUAACAUCAUGGGCUCAAAAGUUGAAACAAAACCAACCAAAAAGAAUAAAUGCGGACGAAGUAUGUGUGAACUCUAUGCAAGAAAAUGAGCAAGCAAAGAAAUUACCACUUGAUAAUACAAACCUUACUGAUGCUGCUUUGCCACCUUACACUUUUUACCUCAAUCAACCAAAUGAAAGUCCGAAUUCCUUAGUGUCUGAAGCUUCAGGACUUUCAUACUGGAAAUUAGAUGAAAAGGAAAUGUAUCACUCUUUACCAGAGAAUUUCAGAAGUGAGUUUGCUGAUAUUUUCUCCACAAAAGUAUCACCAGAUCAGUUGUCUUCUGCUGAUGAAACAAAGCUAUCAUCAUUGAAGGAUAUUUAUCAUAAAAGACAAAGGGAAAAUAAGCAGCUGCCUGACCAGAAUUUUAUGCCUUCUUCCCAGUCAAGUCACCCACCAGAGAUCUUGACGUUGGACCCAACCCUGCAUAUGAAACCAGGUCAGCAGAACCCAGGACGCUGUUUUUUCAAUAUUCCUGAAGAGACUACUUCUUUUUCUCCAGACUCGAUGGCAGAGCCUGGAUUUUCAAGUCAUUGUGACACAGACUCUUUUUCACAAACAAGUAAUUCAUCUCAGUUAGAUGAUUCUCCAAAACAUCCUGCCAGCAGCAGAGCUGUGCAUUUGGACCUCUGGAGGAAUCACCCAUUCCAAAAUGAAAACAAGACCAGCUGUCCCUUUCCAAUGGCAUAUACGGAUGCUAAUAAUGAUAAUUUAGUCAACACUGAGGAGGAAGAAACACUGACUCUAACUCCAUCUUCUGUUACUCAGUGUGCUGAGAACAGUUUGCCAGAAUAUAGUCUUUCAGUGACAUCUGUUGAAGAUCCUGUGAUAAUGUCAAAGAUUAGGCAGAACUUGAGGCAAAAACAUGCUCGACACAUAGCUGAUCUACGAGCUUACUAUGACUCUGAAAUACAUAGCUUAAAACAGCAGCUAGAGGCAAGCCAUAAAACUGCUUCAUCUGAAGACUUGAAGAAAAUCAAUCAAAAUCUUGCUGACAGGUGUGACCAGUUAGAUGCGGCUCUGAAUGAAGCAAGUGCUCGCAUAAAAGCCCUUGAAAAUAAGAAUAAUAUGCUAGAAAAGCAAGUGGCAGAUUGGAGAGAACGUUUUUUUGCAGUCAGUAAUACUUCCAAAGUUUUGCAAGAACGUAUUGAAGAAAUGCGCACAAAUAAUAAAGAGAAGGAUAACACUAUCAGUCGACUAAAAUCGAGGCUUAAAGAUCUAGAGGAAGCAUUUGAAAAGGCUUACAAGUUAUCUGAUAAUAAAAAUACAAGGCUAAAGGAAGAAAAUAAAAUGUUUCAAAAUCUUUUAGGAGAAUAUGAGUCCCUUGGAAAAGAACAUGAAAGAGUAAAGGAUACAUUAAAUGCAACUGAAAACAAAUUGCUUGAUGCAAACACGCAGAUUUCUGAUUUGAAAAGGACAAUUUCAAAACUUGAAGCUCAGCUCAAGCAGGUAGAACAUGAAAAUAUGCUGAAACUUCGCCAUAUUACUGAAAGUCGUUUAAGAACCUCUUGUGCCAACAAGUUGGCAACUCCUGAUGUCAGCAGGCGAAAGUGGUUGAUACCGGGAGCGGAGUAUUCAAUCUUCACUGGCCAGCCUUUGGAAGUCCAGGAAAGCCCCAAAGAUAACAGGUUAGAAGAAACCUAUAUUCCUUCUAGGCACCAUUCCCCUCCUGAAAAAGACUCCUCGCAAGAAGACUCUUCAACAAACACAAUAGAAAAGAAAGAAAAUGAGAUGUCAGAAGCACCAAUUAUAAAAGCCUUUAAAGAACUUGAAGAAGGAAAAGCAUUUAAAGAUUGGGGUACACAGACAGAAAAAGAAGACACAUCAGCUAAAACAUCAAAUCGACGUCAAACUGUUGGGUUUGUUGAAACUUCUUUUGUUGCUAACCGAUCCCCAGAGAAAAGUAGAGACCAACACAGACCAAAACGGUACGGCUCCCCUUGUGGCCAGAGGUCAUCCUCCCUUCCUCCUUCAAACAGGAAAUCAAACACACCAACAAGAAGAGAGAUAAUGUUGGCACCAGUGUCUGUGACAUACAGCCCAAAACGAUCUCCCAAAGAAAACCUCUCUCCUGGAUUUAGCCAUUUGCUUAGCAAAAAUGAAAACACGGUGACAAGAUUUGAUAUACUUCUGGAUGACCUGGAAACUGGUUCUACAUCUACUUUACAGCACAAUAAUCCAAGAAAAAGGCUCCAGUUUCUUUCACUAGAUGAUGUAGAAGGAAGGCAACAUUCAGGUGUCAGACACAGCCCUUGUGCUGAAUUCGUCAAUACUGGAAUGAAGAAAGCGACAGUGUGGGACGAGAGGAGCAUAGCACAAAAAUACGAGCCCGUGCUAUCGCCUUUUGAGGGAGACUUCAAGUACGCAGCAAGGAUUAAGACUCUGGCUGAAACAGAGAGGCUUUUUGAUGAGCUGACUCAAGAAAAGCAACAGAUUGAGGCUGCAUUGAGCCGAAUACCUUGUUCUGGUGGAAGAAUGACCUUGCAAGCAAGAUUAAAUCAGGAAGCCUUGGAAGAUCGCUUGGAAAGGAUUAAUAGAGAUUUAGGGUCAAUACGCAUGACUCUGAAAAGAUUUCAUGUUUUACGUACCUCUGCAAAUCUCUGACAAUUCCCUCUUGAAUGCAAAUAUGCAUUUGUUUGUUUGGUGUUUUUUUUUUUUUGCACUAAUAUGUAAUUAUGCACUCGGUAAAUGCAAAUCUUUUUGUAUUUUUAUAAACCCUCAAUAGUAGUUUUACAACCAUGUUACCCUUUACAAACAGCAAUAUUUUGUACUUCAAACAGCCACCUAUAUUUUAAACAUAUUUUUGUUACACUUGAGAAAUCAAUGUUGAUCCUGUAUUGUAAUAUUUUUAGAAAUAUUAAUUAUUUUUAAAUAGUGAUAUUAAAUUUAUAAUAAGAAACUAAAAGGCAGCUUGUUUUCAGAAAAUGAUAGUGUUAUCCUUUUGCACUUCGUUUUCCUCACCAUUUUAUAAAUAUUUAUGCUAUGAUGUAAAUAUUAGCCAAUAGGAAAUUUUGAACUUUAAUACAAAAAGUGACAUGAAUUACCUGUGAUAAAGAUAACUACUGUUAUAUGGUAAACCGUUCUAAUUUAAACUUUAUAACGUAGAUAUUUUUCAUUGUGACAAAACCAUGAGCAAUACUCUUAUUAUGGCUGGCCAGCUGCAAAAUGGUGUAUGUUUUGCUGGCUGUGUUAGGAAAAUAUGACUCUAAAUUAUUCGAUGUCUCCCAACAGUCGCAGUGAGUAGUGUUUUGAUACCACAAGUACCAGAAUUCAUGAGACUGACAGCAGCCACCCUGUCUCCCGGUGAGCAGCUCAACUCCAGCUGACACUCCAGGACUGUAACUAUGUAAUCGAAGUUCUGUUUUAAUAUCCCAGGCUGUGUUUUGUGCUGCACAGUGUUCUGAUCGCGUACAUUUCCAAACCAAAUCCAAGCUGUAUUUGUGAACAUACAUACGUUUUUCUUGGUGAAAAAUACAUAUUUGCUAGUUGGCAUAUUGCUGAAUUACUGUCCAACAUUGAUAUUUUAGUUUGUAUUUUUACUAUUAAAUAAAUGUUUAAUUAGAUUCUUUCCUUCUGCCCAAGAACAAUAAUAGGUUCUGGGAUAUUACAUCAGCGAUAAUGUAGGUUUUAAUCAUAUUGUGUGUUUCAAAUUCUGUCCUUGUUCAAGAUGUUUAGCCACCAAUGAUGUGAUUAUACGGCCAGAAUAGCUGUCAUAAAGGAAGCUUGUGAAAGUCUGAUUCUAAAAUUAGUGCUGUGGUUUAAGAUACUUGAUGAAGCACUGUGCAUGGGUAGGCCAGUCUUUUCAAAAAAACUGUAUUUUGUGCAGCUGCUUCUGACCGGUGGGCUCUUUCAAGGCAAGGUCAGAGUUGGGGAGA